AUGGCAUUGCUUCUUCAAAUGAUUUUACCAAUCUCUUUGGUUCUAGCAUUAAUUUUCUCAGGGCAAAGAACAUGCGAGUGUGCUAGAGUUUUCACAAUAGUAAACUACUGCAAGGAGACAUUGUGGCCAGCAGUGACACCAGGGGAAAACUUUAACGGUGGAGGUUUUGUUCUAAAACAAGGCCAAUCCCAAGUGUUCACAGCCCCAGUUAGUUGGAGUGGCCGAAUUUGGGCUCGAACCGGUUGCAACUUUGACCAAAAUGGCUUGGGACAAUGCCAAACCGGUUCAUGUGGCAAUAGUAUUAAAUGUGGAGCCUCAGGGAAAACACCAGCUUCACUAGCAGAAUUUACACUCGCACAAUUGGAUUACUAUGAUGUUAGCCUCGUUGACGGUUUCAAUGUUCCUAUAUCUGUUAAACCCAUAAACGGAAAAGGAAACUGUUCCACUGCUGGUUGUGACUCUGACCUCAGAUCCAAUUGUCCUAAAGAACUAGCCGUCAAGGUUAAAGGUAAAACCGUUGGGUGUAGAAGCGCCUGUGAUGUGUUUAAUGCUGAUGAGUAUUGCUGCAGAGGGGUUUAUGGUAACCCCGUUACUUGUAAACCUACGUUUUAUUCCAAGAAGUUUAAGGAGGCAUGCCCAACUUCAUAUAGUUAUGCAUAUGAUGAUCCAACUAGUAUUUUUACUUGCUCGGGGACCGAUUAUGUCAUAGCCUUCUGCGCUUCCAGGAAACGACAGGUGUGCACUUACCAUGAUAACAAGCUUCACUGCAGUGGAUCACAAGGCUUGAAGUCAUUGAUUGGAAGCUGGUGGAUCUUAAUGAUAACGGUGUUUACAGUGCUUAGUUUGGGGAUUGGAUUCUAG